CUCCUUUUUGCCAGCGAGGAUUGUGAGGCAUACACACGGCUCUUCGACAAAGAAAAAGAAUGGCCACUGCAAGUUGGGUGGCAGAUCUUGACAAAAAGGAACACAAAAACUGGGUGAUGGUUGGAUGUGCCCUGAACAUAGCCAAAAAUGGAAUUGCACCACUAAUCCAAAGGAGGAUGGAGGCUUGGUACCAAUCCCUUAUUUCCAGCCCACCUCUGCAGUCACUUCCUCCAUGUACUUGUACACUUAGCCGUUCAAAGUGUGGUAGUUGCGUCACGUGGGAGAUGGAACUUAAGCGUCUGCACAAGUCUGGACGACCAAAGAUUUGCUGGGAUAACAGUGAUAGAAAUCUAUGGGGUUCUCCAACUGGGGCGUGGGAAAUUGCCAAAAUCUUUAUGCCAACCCUUGGAAUGCGGAAAACUCAUGUCAUUCACGCGGGGACCACAGAUAUCGGUGGCCUGUUGAACCUGUUAGAGUGGUGUCCUGUUAUCCACCCUCCAGUAUGUCGGACGGUUUUGACUUCGGUGCGGGACCAGUGCAGGAAUCACUGGGCACAUGAUCCAAGGCAAGAACUUCAAGAUGCAGAUGUCAUUACCAUGUUUGGCCACCUUGAGAGCCUGCUAAAAGACCCAGUCUUCAGCUCUGACAAAGAUGCCCAGGAGUCAUUAAAAGAUUUGCAAGACUUACAAAGAAACGGUCUGGUAAACGUCCUAGAUUCUGAACUCAAGGCUCUUCGUUUACUCCGUCAGUCACUGGUUGCGGAUGUGACCAAGAACCGAGAUGAUUUGGAUGUGUUGACAAAGAAGGUGGCUGAAAUCAAAGAGCGUGGCGAUUUGAGCAGUGAAGAGAUUGCCAAGUUAAGACAACAGCUGAAUACUGAAGUAGUAAACCUUCAAGAGAAAAUAUCGACGGUCGUAAACACGGUUGAAGAUUUCAAUAGGCAACUUAAUGAGCGAGAUGAUCUGCAAGGAGUCUGUGACCCUAUCAGUGAGGAUGUGGAAUAUUUGACAAGUGGCCUGCGGGACAUUGUUAUGGAACUAGCCACUAUGAAAUCUCGAGUGUCAAACUUAGAGAUCAAUCUCUCAAGUGUGAAAUAUGAAGUACAGAGAGUGGCUAACGACGUAGUUACAAACAAAACCGCAAUUUCAGGUUUGCAAAAGGAUUUCCUGGAAGUCAAAGAAGAAGUACAAACGUUGAAAGCAACACCCUUGCAGGAACAUAGCAUCGAUGACAACGAGGCAAUAUACACUGCACCAGCAAGGUUGACAGCGUUCACGGGCCGCGAUUCAGCCUUGGCAUGGUUGGAACAAAAUCUAACCCCAUGUCAUAGUGGUGAAAAUUGUCCAGGAACGUCCUGUUGUACUAAGACCAUAUGUGGGCUUGGAGGAUGUGGCAAGACUUCUCUGGCUGUAGAAUUUGCUUGGAAAUGUAAGAAUCGUUUCCCAGGUGGAGUGCUCUGGAUCAACGGUGAAAGUGAUGAAAACAUCCAUGAAUCAGUUGUAGAGAACCUUGCUCUUCUGAAUAUUAGUGCCUUGCCAAGUGAGAAAGUCGAUGACACCCUAAGUAGCCUUUUGGCUUUACUAUCCAAGAAGAAACAUCCAUGGCUUCUUGUAGUGGACAAUGCAGAUGAACUGGAAGAUCGAACUUGUCCCACAGGAGUGAAGAAGAUAUGUAAAGGGCCUUGGCAACAAAAUGGCAGCGUAUCCAAGCAUGGACACAUACUGCUCACGACAAGGCAACCCGUGAAAGAGACAAAACCUUCUUGAAACUCUCAACUGAUGAUUGCCUGGAGUUGCAAUGUUUCAGUGAAAAAGAGGGAGCAUUGUUCCUAAUGCAAAGGAACAGCAAUAAUAAAAAAGCCCUCUACCGGGAAGCAGUAAGUCUAGUGAAUGAACUGGGAGCUCUUCCAUUAG